AUGGUCCUUGAUUUGGGUACGAAGUAUGACGUACUGUCAAAAACCGUGGUAGAGAAGCAGAGUGGAAAAGAGCCUCUAGUUAAUCUCUUUCAAAACACCGACUCCAUGUUUACGGAAGAGGUGGCUAACAUGGCUUUACCCGAGAAGUUUAAGGUUCCAGAUAUUCCCAUCUUCACAGGCAGUGAGGACCCAAUGGAGCACUUGAUGACCUUUCGGUCUCAUACGUCUUUGCACAAGACCCUCGAUGCAGUAGCGUGCCGAGCCUUUCCACUCACUCUAUCAGGGAAGGCCCGAGACUGGCUCAGGAAUCUGUUACUGAGGUCUAUUGAUAAUUUUGAUAACCUUGGACAGAAGUUCUUGAUGCAGUUUAUGUCAGGAAGGGAGAAAUUGGAAACUGAGAGUACACCUGAUGAUUUCAUCUACAGUGCAAUUUUCCAGGGGCUGAAGAAGGAUGGCCCCUUCAUGGUAGAAUUGGCAUUGAAACUGCCAAAGGAUCUACACGCCUUUAUGAUCAAGGUUGAUAGGUACAUCAACCAGGAGGAGACACUUCGGGCCUUCUUAGGCCCCCCUGAGAGGCAGUCAGAACCUUCUUCUUCCGAGAAGCCGAGCAAGAAGAAGAAUUCUGAGAUGGUGCAGGAUAACAACGACUUGGAUUAUAAGAAGGUGAGGAAGAAUUUCGGGGACUACAAGUGGACCCCUCUAAAUGCCACUCUCACAGAAGUUAUGAUGUGCAUAUCACUAAGACAACUGAUCGAGAAAUUCAACGAGAACGGUAAGUUGGUCCGGUUUCUUGUUAGUGAAAGAAACCAUCUGGAUCGAGCUCGGGCCCCGAGGCCGAGAGAAGAAGAAAGGCGGCAUAGGAGGGACUAUGCCCCGAGACGAGAAGAAAGGUCAGAAAGGGAAAGGGAGCCCACUCAUAGGCCUCGGGAAGAAGAGAGGUGUGAAAGAAGUUGGAGUAGGGCCCGAGAGAAUGACAACCUCCCUAUAAUCCAUACCAUCUCGGGUGGAUUCAGAAGAGGAGGAGAGUCUAGUUCGGCUCGGAAGGUAUAUGCCAGAAAGCUGGAUGACUUUGAGGUGUAUUCGGUGCAGAAGCCUCCAAAAGCCCGAAGGUGUGAUCCUAUGGUUGUAGGAUUUUCGGACAAAGAUUAUGCCGGAGUUUCACUCCCGCAUACCGACGCCCUUGAUAGGGUGGUCCCGGUUGUAUGCCAUUUGUUGGGCUUUGCUGGCAAGAAGGUUUCGCCUCUCGGUUUUAUCGAGCUUCCAAUCACCGCAGGGACUUACCCGAGGCAGAAGGUCAUCAUGGUGAAGUUCCUAGUAGUAGAUAGACCCUCGGCGUAUAACGUCAUUUUUGAGAGAACUGCUCUUAAUGAGCUGAAGGCCGUCACAUCAACUCCGCAUCUAAGUAUAAAAUUUCCAACCACUGAAGGGAUUGAAGUUGUGAAAGGAGACCAAAGGGAGGCUAGAAGAUGCUACAACCUCUCCUUGAAGAAUCCCCUCGAGACUCAUAAUCUCGGGGAGAAAACUAAAGAAGAGGGAAGAUAA